GCAACACCAUGAAUUUAUCUUCUCUACCUUGGUUUAAAAUUUGCUAUAAAAUUAAUGAUCCUGCAAUAUUAUGUUUGGUUCUAAGGAAUCAAAGCAAAUAAUUUAUCUUCUGCUCCGUUUAUGAUGAAACUAUCACUGAACGCCGCUUAUCGUUCCUCGGCGAAUCUAUCAGACUUCUCAAUACAUGAAUUGCCUAAACUGCGACCUACUACCCAUUUGAUAAAAUCACUCAAAAACCACACCCAAAGUCGCACUCGGAUGAUAAUCCCACAUGAACCCUUUAACCACUCCACCUUUACGAAACUUCUCGACACUUCUCUGCCAUCGCGUGGUUUUGGUCAUUCUGCCCUUCUCUUUACGCAGUUCGGUCAUCUCAUUGAUGUGGAGCACUGUAACUGCAUCAUCAGAAGAUAUACAGAUUCUGGGAAGCAUUUGUAUUCAGUUUUCGUGUAUACCCAGAUGCACAGACUCGAUAUUCAACCCAAUAACUCAACUUUUCCGAGCGUUCUCAAGUCUGCAGCUCAAAUUUGUUACGGGAGGUUUGGGGAAUCGGUACAUUGUAGUGUUACCAAAAUGGGUUUUGGUUCGGAUAUGUAUGCCAACACUUCUCUUGUGCACAUGUACUGUGUUUGCGGACAACCCAGCGUAGCUCGCAUGUUGUUCGAUGAAAUGCCUCAAAGAAAUGUUGUUUCUUGGAAUUCUUUAAUCUCGGGUUAUUUGCAUUGUGGGAAGUUCAGGGAGGCAAUUCAUGUCUUUCGAGAAAUGCAGGGUAGUGAAAUUGAGCCAGGUGAGAUGACUGUGGCUAGUGUUUUGUCAGCUUCUGCUCAUCUGGGGGCUUUGGAUCAAGGGAAGUCAGUUCAUGAUUACAUAAUCAACAAGGGUUUGAUGUUGAAUGUUUAUGUUGGCACUGCACUUAUUGACAUGUAUGCUAAAUGUGGUGACAUUGAUGAGGGUGAGAGGGUUUUUGAGGCAAUGCGGGCGAAAAAUGUGCAGACGUGGAAUGUUUUGAUCUCGGGAUAUGCCAUGAAUGGACGAGGUGAGGCUGCUCUGCUCACUUUCGACAGGAUGAUCAUGGAAAAUUUCAAGCCUGAUGUGGUCACUUUCUUGGGGGUUUUGUGUGCUUGUUGUCACCAAGGGUUUGUUGAAGAAGGAAGGAAGCUUUUCGCAAGAAUGAGAAACGAAUUUGGUUUGCAGCCAAAGAUUGAGCAUUAUGGGUGCAUGGUUGAUCUACUUGGCCGUGGUGGAUUCUUGGAUGAAGCUAUGGAGAUGAUUCGUUCUAUGAAUCUGAAGCCGGACCCUGUUAUAUGGAGGGCACUACUUGUAGCUUGCAGAUUUCAUGGACGUGCAGAGUUAGGUGAAUUCGCUUUCCAGAAACUCGUUGAGCUGGAACCCCGGAAUGCAGAUAAUUAUGUGUUGCUGUCAAAUGUUUAUGUUCAUGAUAAGAAGUGGGCGGAAGUUGGGGAAUUAAGGAAACUGAUGGAUAGGAGAGGAAUCAGAAAGGUCCCCGGUUGCAGCUCAAUUGAAAUCGAGAAUGUGAUGCAUGUGUUUAAGGCAUCAGAUUCAAUUGGACCGGGAUUUGUGGAUGUUCAUAAUAUGUUGGGUGAAAUGAAAGAAAAGUUGAAAUUUGCCGGGUAUGCAGCAGAAACAGGGAUGGUUUUGUACGAUGUUGAGGAAGAGGAAAAGGAGCAUAAUCUGAUAUAUCAUAGCGAGAAGCUUGCACUAGCAUUCGGGCUUCUGAAUUCAUCGAGUACGACUUUAAGGAUAAUGAAAAAUUUAAGGAUUUGCCAAGACUGCCAUCAUUUCUUUAAGCUUGUUUCUGCAGUUUAUAGAAGGAACAUUAUUGUGAGAGACAGAUAUCGCUUUCACCAUUUCACUGGGGGUAUCUGUUCUUGUAAAGAUUAUUGGUAGUACGUUUAUGCUGGCUCCUUUGAGGCCGAUUCGGGAGAGGAUUAGCAGAAUUGCAGCUAUAACUAUUAUUUUCUAGGAUCAAUCAUUCAAUUUAUUCUCACUGUUAUGGAGUAGAUGCAGAUUGGAAGUACAUGGAAUUCCUGCAUUGAUGAGUAACUAACUGGACAUGAAGUUGUUGGAAAGUGAUAGGUUAUGGCUUGAUGAACCUCUCAAGUGUCAACAACACUGGGAGGAGAUCAUUAAAGUGAACAUAAACUCGGAUAACCCCGGCCAAGAUGGUUAAAGAUACAAACUUGUAAACCACAAGGUCACGAGUUCGAAUCACAUUUCUCUUGGUUUGAGCCGGUCAGUUAUGGGCCACCUAGGCUGGUUUACUUUCUUGUGGUCCUUUGUCGGCUAAUGUUUCGCGUUUCCCUCGUCACCUAAAAAAAAGUGAGCAUAAACUCUAAAUCUGCUUUGUUCCAAAACCAUAACAAACACCACACCUAUUUCAUAUCAUUCUUCACACAACUCUCUCAGCCUUACAAAUACACUAUUACUUGAUAUUUUUCUUCUCAAGGAUCAAAUGUUCAUUGUGUUUCAUUUCAUUUAUAGCUUACUCAAAAUCUUCCCUCA